AUCAUGGCGUCAAUGCAGAAACGACUGCAGAAAGAACUGUUGGCUUUGCAAAAUGACCCACCUCCUGGGAUGACUUUAAAUGAAAAGAGUGUUCAAAAUUCAAUUACACAGUGGAUUGUAGACAUGGAAGGUGCACCAGGUUCCUUAUAUGAAGGGGAAAAAUUUCAACUUCUAUUUAAGUUUAGUAGUCGAUAUCCUUUUGACUCUCCUCAGAGACGACCACCAGAUAAUUCUUUUUAUGUUCGAACAUGUAACAAGAAUCCAAAGAAAACAAAAUGGUGGUAUCAUGAUGAUACUUGUUGAUGCCACUAUUAUUAUCCUCCUAGCAGAAGAUAGUCCUACUGAGAAAAUGAGCACUUUGAUCAUUCAGUCUUUGAACUUUAACCUUUGACUGGAAGUGACCUAUAGGCAAUGAAGACUACUUCCUUUUACUGCAUUUUUACUCGUGUGCAUUCUGGGCGCAUGUUGAUCGCUGGUUCAGUCCAGGCAACUGACAUGCUUUUAUUAGUCAUACAGUAUUAAUGCAGGUGUCAGGAAAUGUCAAAUAUAAUUCCAUUUUUUAUUUUUAUUUUUUUAAGCUUUUGGAAAAGUUCCAGGUCCUCAUGUAUUGUGCAAUAACAAUGACUUCCUUGACGGUUUUGGGACGUUCAUUGCCGGCAGUGGACGUCAUAACAGGAAAAAUUUUCAUUAACUCCUGCCACCCAGUGAUUAAUGCAUGAUAGGGCCUAUGAAAUUAACGUUAACGGUUCUAGUGGGAUUAUAAAUAAAGUGAGGGAUCCAACAUUACUUUGAAAGUCACCCCAACUUGUUUCUGUUUGGAUUCUAUGCACUGUGAUCCUAAGGUUAACAGCAUGAAUUAACAUGCAUCUUCAAAGGACUGUAAUGAAAGAUCAUUGCGUAUUUAUUGAAUUGUUUAUAUCUACUGUCAAGUUGUUUUGACAUGGAAGGUUUUCAAGUAACAUUGGCAGAGAGGUACAAUAUGUUAUCCCUAUGGUGAAAAUAAAUUCAUUUGUUGUAUAUAGUUCCUUAAUCUUUGGAGUAAAGGUAUGAGUAAUAAUAGGGUAUGAAUGGUUUAAUCAAGGCUUUAUUUUGGAAGAUAAAUGGCAGUGAUGAUUAAAUUACUGCAGUCCAUAAUUUGGGCUUGUUUGUACAUUAAUGAUUUUUUCCAAGUAGAGUACACUCUGUUACUUCCUGCUAGCCAUCAGCAUGAGCCCUACUGCCUAAACACUAUUUCAUUUAUUUGUUUGGAAAACCCCAAACCAUUUUUUGUUUGCCAUUUUGUUUCUUUUGUUAUGUUUCAAGUCAAGUUUGAAUGUUACAAUAUUUUAAUUGAAAAACUUUUGUCAAUUUUUUUCUUGUAAAUUUUCUUUACUUGUAACUAUCAUCUUGUCCUUCAAUCCUGUACCCUAAAAUAAGAAAUACAUUUUUGACAGAGGCUUAA